AUGACUUUCCGCAAGUGCGCGUCAGCAAGAGAGCUUGAGGGUGUAGUCGUAUCACUUUUGCUCAAGAAGAAGCAACGAAGCUACAAAAUUCGCGAGAAGUGGGACACUGUCCGCCGGAUGCAAGAGGUUGGGGUGCAGGAGGUAGCCCGCGAGCUACUGUGCGCUCGCUGUACCGCCCACGGGUGGUGGCAGCAGGCCGACAAGCUGAUGAGUUUCAUUGGCCACGUCACCUCCAAGACGAUGAAGGGAAGAGACGUAAGAAACUGUUGCCCGACGUCUCUGCCAUCCAUGAAAGACAAGCGGCGUAACAAGCUGCAGAUGCCCGAAGCUACGAUGAAGAGUACAGGUGCUUACAAGUCGUGCGGAGAUUGA